AAUAGGUAAGCCAAAAAUAACUUAGUUCCCUAAAUUUAAGAAAAUCUUUUGAAAGUGAAAUGCUUUAUUCUUUUAAAUAAGAGGCUUCAAUAACAUUUGACAUGUCACAUGGGAUCUGUUUGGCAACGGAUGGUUACGGUUUAGUAGACAAGAACUGUAGUAGAAAUUGAUUGAUGUGAGAAAAAAAAUAAGAAUAUUAAAAUUUAAAUGGAUGAAUAGUAAGAAGCUUUUGGCAAACGGUGCCAUAGUUUUCUUAUCAUGGGCUUUAGGCCUCGUUUGGUAAUAGCUAAAAACACACUUUUCUAAAAAAAUAUUAACAAACUGUUGAAAAUACAAAACACUUUUCAAAUGUGGACUUUAUAAAAAACAAUUUUCACCCUUAUACCGCAUCAAACCAAAACCAAAAAAAUAAAUUUCAAAACCGUUUUUUGAUGACCCUUAGGCUUAAAAAAAUAAUGGCCUUUGUGCCCGGGUGACACAUGUUUUGGUAUCCAAGGAAGCCGUUAGCUUCCCGCCAAGGAAAAAUAUAUGAAGACAAAGCAACCGACUUUCAACUGUUUUAACGACCUUCCAGCCGCGCGUACAACAUUAAGAAGCAAUGAAUAUGUGCUUUACUCAAUUGCUCACACUUUACAACAUUAUUGUUUUUUCUCUAUUAAAAAAUCCCUCUCUCACCAGUAAACCAUGUGCCUAUCUAUAUAUUAUCCUAUUUCUCAUUUUAUUAACCAAAAAAUUAAAUAUCUUUCGUUCACCAAAAGAAAAGGAGAAAGGCAAAUAGAAAGGGAAAAUCAUCCAUGGAGAUUGAAUUGGGACUCAAGAUCACCCAAACCAGAGAUGAUCUCGCUUCCACCGCUGAUGUUAGGAUUGCCAAAGACCGAGCGGGUCCUGUUUUCUUGUCUAAAGAACAUGACAACAUGUUCAUCCUCACUGCCUAUCUCAGAGGUUUUAAGAGAGAGAACAUUGAAAUCAAGAUCAAUGAAGAUGGGACGCGGAUUAUGGUUGGUGGGGAGAAGCCGGUGCAGGAGAUGGUGAUGAUAGGUUGGAUGGUAUACAAGAAAAGAGUGGAGCUCAGGGGUUUUAGAAAGGUUUUCAAAAUUCCUGAUGGGGUGGUUUUGGAUCGGAUCAAAGCCAAGUUUGACGAAGAAGAAGCUAUCUUGACAAUUGUCAUGCCUAAACGGGAGAAGGGAAUUUCUGGGGUUGGGAUUGAGGAAGUGAAGGAAGGGGAGGUUGAGAGAGAGAGAGGAAAACCAGAAAGAGAGCAAGCUGUAGCUGAUGCGGUUCUUGAAAGAGGCAAUGUUGGAAUGGAAGUUCAGGAAGAAUCUGAGGAGCCCGAGGUUAAGAGAACGGAAGAAAGCGAACGGGUUGUGGAGAAGAAGACGGACAGAAAGGCAUCAAAAAAGGUGACAUUUGUAGAGGAGGUUCUCAAGAAAGAAAAUAUUAAGGAGAGAAUUCAGGAGGAAAGUAAAGAGCCCCGUAUUCAAAGUAUGGUAGAACCUGACCAAAUUGCAGAAGAGGAGGCUGAUAAAGGGGGGCAUGAAGAAACUAAAACAGUAGCUGAGGUCCCUAAGGAAGAGUACAUUGGAGAAAAACUACCAGAGAAAACUGCAGAGCCAAAAAUGGAAGGAACUGAUGGGGUUGUGAAAGAAGAGGUUGGGAGAGGGAAACCAGAAGCAGUGCAAACUGCAGCUGAUAAAGAGCCUGAAAGAGAGAGAGAAACCCUAGAGCCUGAGAGUAAAAUUACAGAAGAAACUCAACAGGUGGCAGAGACACCCGAAGAAACAAAAAAGAUUGAGCAUCAUAGAGAAUUAGAAGGAGCCGUUAAACAUCCAGGAGUGGCAACAAUGAAACCUACGACUGAAGAAACUUGGAGCAAAGAGCUUCCAGAAAUGUCCGAGCAGACCAAGAAACAGGACAUUCCGAAGGAAGAAGUACAAGUACAAGAAAAAGGACUGGAGGAAGAGCACCUUCACGGCCCUGGGAGGGUUGAACCAUCACAUACUGUAGUGGAUCAAGUGAGUCAACAACCAGAAAUACCACAUCAACCAUCAAGUCACCAAACUGAAGUUGAAGAAAAAGGCACAAAGGGAGAAUUUCGUCAAGCAGAACAUGAAAUGCCUCAAGAACCACAAAAGCAGGAGGCACAUCUAGAUGUUCGAGAGACAGAAAAAUCUGAUCAAGAACCCCAACAAGCAGAAACUCUUCAACCAGAGCGCCCUGUUGAGAAGCAUGACAAAGAGGAAGUUAUGGAACGAGAAGAAACUCAAGGUGUAGAAAAUGAAGUUCAAGAAGCAAGCAAAAGAAGUUCUCAAGAGAAAGAAGGUGAAUCAUCAGAAGCAGGGAAACAGAAAGAUCCUGGUGAGCAAGAAACUCAAGAGAAUCAGCCUGCUUCAAAAAGGUGCAAGCUAGGUGUUCCCUGUGUUGUUGCGGGAUCGGCCUUUUUCAUCUCUCUCAUGGUUUUUGCCAUCCACAUGAUUAGAGAUAAAAGAAAAGAUAAGUAAUUUGUGCAUAAGCUGCUUUAUUUCUUUGUUAUUACGUGUAUAAAUUAACAAUUGUAUUAAAGUUCAUGUGCCAUUAACGAGAAUUUCAUGGUGUGAUAGAGAGAGAAUGAAUAACCUUAAAAGAACAUAAGGUAAGAUGAAAUGAAUGUUCAAAUUCUACAAUAUACUUGUGAACAAACUUCUGAUAUACUCCUGCUUAGAAAAUAGACAUGUCACACUGAUAGGUUUAGAUUGCCCCCAACUUUUCUUUUAUACAUUUACUCAUUUAGGUUUGCUUAAAAGAGAUAAAGACAGAAAAUCAUUCUGGCUUUUUUGAAUGUCACAUUAUGCAAGUCAUUUUCACAUAGCCUAGCUUGUGGCUAUUCUAACAUACCUUCCAUAAAACAAAUACUCUUCACACAUUGAGAGAAUUUAACUCCAUCAAACAAAUGACAGAGAGGGCUGAUCAGGAUGGUGCAACUACUUCGCCAAUUUCUUUGUUCUCAUGCAAAAAGGCUAAUCAGCAACUGGAACAAAAGGUGCCCUGCAACUAAGAUUCAUAAUAAUAAGUAGCUAUGUUAAAAGGAUAUGAGAAAUUGCAGCGAAGACUUAGAUACAUCAGCUGAUCAGCUUAGUGUUGCCUAUCCUCUAAGCAAAAAAGAAAAGGAAGUAGCAUAGUUAGCUCUUCACAAUUUCCAGUUACUAUCUUCCUCUUACCUUUUUUCCUUUUUCAUAAUUUUCUUUUUGAUUUUUUUUUUUUUUUGUUUUUCAUCCUCAACUUCAGUUCCCUCCAUAGAGAAUGAGAAAGAAGUCAAGGGGAAAGGGGGAAAGGAAGGGAGGUAUAAGUGAAUCAUUCUUUUUUUCUUCUACAUGGGUAUAUGAAAUGGAUAAACCUUGUUUUACAGAUCAAGUUAAAUAGCAAAUAAAAUUCAGAACCUCAUGGAACCAAGUUGUCCUUUACCUCUGCAUUAAACUCACAGCCCAUAAAACUCAUAGGACAUGUUCAGAGUCCAUGCUGUAAGUCAACAGUACUAGCAUUACCACAGAGAAUGUAGUAGAUGCGCAGGAGUUGGAUUUGAAAUCUAGCUACUGCUCAGAAACCCAUUGAGUAGGUUUCAAUUUCAGCUAAGAGUAAUGGGCACAGAGCCUGUUCAUAUACUCUACUCCUGCUAAUGAUACACAUGUCAAAUUGUUUCCAAGUAUAGAUCCGGCCACUUUCUUUUUUCUUUUUCCUUCUUUCAAUUUUUUUCCGGGUGGACAGGAAAGAUUGUACACAGAGAACAUCAAUUUGACUUUUUCAAAUGCCAGAUUGCCAGUGUAAUCUCAUAAGAGUAAAACCUAGUUAGUUACCUUCCAGAAAAAACACAUCUUCUUCGCAUGUUCACACUGCACAUGCCGAAUUUAAUUAACUCCAACCAGCAAGAGACAAAAGAAGCUUUUGGCAUUUAAAGCUUUAAAUGCUAUGAGGAAGGCGACUUCCUUGGCAGCCCUCUUCAAUUUCUUGUACCAUGUAACUACCAGUCCUAACGACAGUAGACAUGGGAGAGAGAAGUAAGAAGUACAAACAUGGAGCCAUGAAAUUGGAAAUCUAUCAAGGACAAAGGAGAUACAUGUAGUUCAGUCAAAGACCAAGCAAGCAGCAAUGCAUCAAAGAAAAGAGGGGACCUUCAAAAGGCAGGACUUUUUCAAACAAACAUGAGGAAUCCAAAGCAGUCAAAAUGUAACCGAUCAAAACAAAAAUUGUUGCCCAUCGACAGUAAUGGCAUAAAAUCCUUGAAACCAAUCAAGUCAAGCCUAAUGGGAAUCGAACACCUUUAACUUUUGUCUCCCACUAAAAAUCCCUUCUGAAUCGGUCAAAGCAAGCAAGGUUGGAGGCAGGAAAAGCCCAAAAACUGAGAAGUCAAAAUAGGCAAAGCAUCGUUGGAAGACUUGUGAUGUAAUUGUUGCAUCAAAUAGAACAACAAAUAAAAAAGUCAAGGUUAUCACUUAUCACGAACAUUCAUUGAGUCAUGGUCAAGGAAGAAGACACUAAUCCCACCUCCAUGCUGCCAACAUAUUCUAUUCUUGUUGCAAGAAUUUCCAAGGGUCGAAAAUACAUCAACUUGUAACGCUUCACGUAGACCAAGUCACGGUCAAACCUCCAUUAUCAACAGCUGGAGCUUGAACGAAAAAAACAUUAUCAAAAAAGCUGCAACGCAAAUCUCCUUUCUUUUUUCAGAAUGUUCCAAAUAGAAAUUUUUCAGACUCGAGGGGGCAAACUUGCAGCUGGACCAUGGAAUUAAAACUAGCGAGCUUGAAUCGUGAUGUUGAUGAAUUCUUCUUCUUCUUUUCAUUUGCUUUAUAAAAGUGUCUGAAAUUAUAUACAAGAAUGAGCAAAACAAGACGAGCAACA